CGCAACUGUCUUAUGAAGAAAAUUGAAAUUCAAAUUAAACAUCAACAAAUUUAACUAUCGUCCCCCAGAGAUGACAUUUCGAUGUGAACUCAGCGAUAAUGGUAAAGCAGAAUCUCUUCAAGGAUACGUGAAAGGUGUUCUCUUUCCAAUCGACAGUCUUCCUUAUAAAUUGAGUGAGAAGUACCGCAUUAUUACAAAACUUGGCUAUGGGGGAUUCUCUACUGUAUGGCUUGCGAUCGGCAUUCACGAGGACAAUCUGGGUCGUUGGUUUGCGAUCAAAAUCUCCCAGUCAACUAGCGCCGACGAGCAGAGUCAACUGAAAAAAGAAAUGAAAAGACUUGAAAAUAAGAGCUCGAGAAUCGUUCCAUGCAUUGAAACUUUCAGAAUUGUAUCCUCUUACAAUGCUAAACAAACUCACCUUUGCCUCGUGUUGAAAGCAUCUGGACCAUCUGUAAAAGAAUAUAUAUCCAACAAAAAUCCGACAUUUGAUCAGAGAAGGCUCAUCGCUAUAAAUUGUACAAAAGCAUUGAUGGACUUACAUAAACAAAAUAUCUUUUUGAUUGAUCUAAGCUCAGGGAAUUUUCUGAUGAAAAUUCACUCCUCCGACAUUAGGGAGCUUUCGGAAACACAAAUAGAAGAGAAAGUUGGUGUUUGCGAAUCCAAACCUGUCGAAACACAACACGCAUCAAUUAAACUCCCAGAGUAUGUACCCAAGCGAAUAUAUAAAUCGACGCCUUUAUAUUCGCUGGUCGGAGAGGAGUUGGAUAUUGAUGUUAUUGAUGUUGUUCCACAUUCCAGUGCGCCUCUAGGCCGCACGCAAGCAUACUCCUCUCCAGAGGUAUUGGAACAGAAACCUUCCACCAUACAGUCUAAUAUAUGGGGCCUGGGAUGUUUGAUUUGCGAGAUCAUGACUUUAGGAGAAUUGCCAUUUGAAGAUGGACAUUAUGUGCCCAGUGCCCAAGACGAUUACUUUGACGAAGAUGAGAAAGGAAAGAUUAAAUACCUGUCCAAAGUAUGUCAUAAUCCUCGUAAACGCCAUCAUACCCUUGAUAUAGACCAAGCAAAAGACGUUGCGAAAUUCCUGGGGAAGAUUUUUGUUAGGGAUCCGGCUUCACGUCCUACAGCUGAGACCAUUUUGGAUUGUCUGAAAGACCCCAAAUUUUUAGGUAAAAAGCCAUCUGGAAGUGGGAAAAGAAAAGACUCAGCUGUGUCACUUAGUCCCGGACCUGUAAAAAAUUCCACUUCGAAGACUUCGAGCCCGCCGCGAUAUAAGACGACAAAAGACGUUUCUCACUCCAAAAGUAGGACGAUCGUAGUCCCGAACACUUUUCCGACGGACACUAUAACCUUACCAGACCGAAAGAAGAGCUCAAACCCUGCAAUUCAACCAAAAAAAGGUACCGCAACUGAAAGCACUGGAACCGAACAAAAAGAGAGGAAGAACUCUAGAAGGGGAGCCGAAAGUAGUGAGCCGUCGGGUGCUCGCAGGAAACUUUGAUUCAUCUUUGAGGCACGGCAAUAGAAUAAUGAAUCGAGGACACGAUUUAGAGCUGCGUUCUCACUCUUGAUUGCUAUUUCAUACUUUUGACAUAUAUCAUUUUGUCAUCAUGCA